AUGAUUGGUGUACAAAGAAUCUUGGAUAUUGAGCCAGAGCAAAAAAUAUACCCAUUCUCAAUCAAGGAGGAGAAGGGGCAAACAGAGGUUUGGAUACCCAAGGAUGCAGUCGUGGCAGGAAUACCAGCUAAAGCUUUUCUGACUAAUGGCUGCUCGGUCUUUGAAUUAAGCAAUUCAUUCCAUCCAUUUCUGAAGAAGAAUGAAUUUUGCAAUCUAUCCCAGCAAAAACUGUACUUAGACCAAAAUGGAGAUGUAGCAGCAGAUCUGAACAUCAUGAGCUUGGUGAUUCUCCCAAAAAAGGAUCCUAUCAAAGAGCAACUGGGAAGUUUUGAAAGACAGAGACUUACCAUCAACCAAGAUGCUAUUUCAAGGCUGAUGUUCCUCAACAAGAUAUGGAAAAAUGCACCAAGUGCCCAGAUAAUCAACAUUCAAAUGAGGAUCAAGUCAGAUUAUCUAGAAAGUCCCAUUGUCAAAGCCAACAACCGGGACCUCUCUUACAUCCUCCUGGUCUCCCUCUUGCUUUGUUUCUUGUCUCCUUUUCUCUUCAUUGGUCAACCAAGGAAAGUUACCUGCCUUCUCCGACAAAUGGUUUUCAGCAUCACUUUCUCAGUUGCCGUUUCUUCUCUCUUGGCUAAAACAAUCAUGGUGGUCCUGGCUUUCCUGGCCACAAAGCCAGGAAGCAAAAUGAAGAGAUGGUUGGGGAAACGUUUGGCCAACUCCAUCAUCCUUUCUUGUUCUGCUGUCCAAAUUAUCAUCUGCUUCUUCUGGCUAGGAGUCUCUCCCCCAUUCCCUGAUUCUGACUUUCACUCCCAGCCUGGAGCAAUCAUCCUGCAAUGCAAUGAAGGAUCUGCUGUCAUGUUCCACAUCACUCUCAGCUACUUAGGCUUCCUGGCUGCUGUCUGCUUCAUGGUGGCUUUCCAGGCCAGGCAUCUUCCUGGGACCUUCAAUGAAGCCAAGUUGAUC